AUGUCUCAAGCAGGAACUCUCCGAUCUGAUGUACCGGCCGCCUUCGCCGCAGCCAACGCCAUGCCCGCCCGUUUGGUUCAUCUCAUUCCAGAUGAGCUUGCCAGAACCGUCCCUGAUCACUCAAUCUUCGCUUACCCAAAGACUGAUAUGCCACAAGAUGGCUUUGUGGAAGUAUCUGCCAAAUCAUUCGCAAAUGCCAUCAACCGCACCGCUUGGUACUUGGAGUCUAUUCUCGGGAAAGCCUCCGCUGGGGAAUUCCCAGCUGUCGCCUAUCAAGGCCACAGUGACAUUCGUUACUUCCUGUUCAUGUUUGGUGCCAUCAAAGCCGGAUAUAAGAUGUUGUAUCUUUCACCCCGUAACAGCGUCGCCGGCUCUCUCAAUGUUCUUGAGAAAUCCAACUGUCACAUCUUCUUAACAGCUCGCAACACUCAUGUCGAGAACAUCUUGAGUCAACGCAACAUGCGCACUGCAACUGUACCUGAACUUGAAGAGUUGCUCGAAGAUGAAGAGGUCCGCGCCUACCCUUACAGCAAGUCUUUUGCCGAGGCACGCACCGAUGAAUGUCUUGUCCUCCACACCACCGGUUCUACCGGUCUUCCAAAGCCUAUCACAUGGAAGAACGAGAUCCUCAGCACAUACGAAGCUUGGAGGACGAUUCCCGCAAUCGAUGGCUAUGUCCCCACCACCGAAGUCUACCAACAAUCUCGCCGGGCUUAUAAUCUCAUGCCUUUGUUCCACACUAGUGGUUUGAACAUCGGUAUCACCAUGUCUCUCCUUCUCGGUGUCACCACUGUUUACGGUUCUGCCAAUGUUAUACCCCACGCUGCAUAUGCCGAUGAGAUCCACAAGUAUGGUGGUGUCGACGCCUCGAUUGGUCCCCCAUCUAUCUAUGAGGAAUUGAGCCACGAGCCAAAAUCACUUGAGCGUAUCCACCACUUCAACUACAUACUUGUUUGUGGAGCUGCCAUCUCUAUAACUGCCGGUGACAUUAUCUCCAAGCACUGCAGAGUUGUUUCCAACUUUGGAGCCACUGAGACUGCUUGUCUUCCACGAUUAGCUCCUGCUGUUGAGGAUUGGGCUUACUUCUACUGGCAUCCAACUCACUCUGGUAUCGUAUUCAAAGAGUACAUGGAUGGUCUUCAUGAGCUUUACAUUGAGCGAAAGCCUGAGUUAGAUCUUUACUACCAGGGUAUCUUCAGUACCUUCCCUCAACUCGAGGAGUACUCGAUGAACGAUCUCUACUCUCGCCACCCUGAUCCAGCGAAGUCCUUUUUGUACAAAUGGAGAGGUCGUGCUGAUGAUGUUAUCGUCCUCAGUAACGGGGAGAAGCUCGCUCCAGCUCUCAUGGAAGCCUCCCUUUGCAGCAGUCCUUUCGUCAAGGGUGCCAUGGUUGUAGGCCGUGGCAAAUUCCAACCAGCUGCUCUUCUCGAUCUCAAGGAUGCGCCACCAAAUACUGCUCGUGAACGCCAUGCUCUUAUCAGGGAGAUGCUUCCGGCUAUCGAGCAAGCUAACAUGCACGCUCCUGCCCAUGGUCAACUCGAUCAAUACCACAUCUUGUUUGUUGACCCCAGCCGCCCAAUGCACUAUCUUGGUCAAGGUAAGAUCCAAAGACAUCAAACAUACAGAUUGUAUGAGAAGGAUAUCGAGGAUGUCUACGCCGCUGCCGAGAACUUCGAUGAUCAAAUGGGUCUCAGCUCUGCUGAAAUCGGUGACUUACCUCGUGUUGACUUUGCCGACCGCACCAGUAUCGCAAAAUGGUUGAAAGAGCUCGUUGAAGAGACUGCCGGUAUUCAAAAUUUUGGACCCGAUGCGGCAUUCUUUGAAUCUGGCUUGGAUUCCCUCCAUGUCAUCCGACUUGUCCGCGAGCUCAAGAUGCACGCUAAGAUCUCUGGUGGCAACAACCUCACUCCGGAUUCCCUCUCACCUACUAUCGUCUACGCCAACCCAUCUUUGGUUGAGCUUUCCGAGUUCCUCUACAAGACAGCAGACUUGGCACCUGAAGAUCCUGAUAGUGCCUACCAAAGUGCCGAUCCUAACGAGAAGGAAAUCAAGAACCCUAAAUUGACUGCUAUGGAGUCCAUCUUUCAAGAAUUCGUCGCCACUCUUCCAGUUGAGACUAAGCCUCGUGUCACUCCAAUUACCAACGGCACAACCGUUCUUCUCACUGGUAGUACCGGUUCAUUGGGCUCUUAUCUUCUUAAUGAGUUGAACAAUGACCCGAACGUUGAGCACAUCUACGCUCUUGAUCGUUCUGCUGGUGGAGCUGAGAAGUUUCAACAAGCAAUCAUCGCGAGAGGAUUGAGCCCUAUUGAUUCCAGCAGAGUCACUUUCCUCAAAGCAGAUCUCUCUGACCAUCAAUUGGGUCUUGGGCACGAGAACUACACAAGACUCUUGGACAGUGUUACCCACGUCCUUCAUUGCCAAUGGCCAGUCAACUUCAACUGGACCCUCAACUCAUUCAAGCCAUACAUCACUGGUGUUCGCAACCUCGCUCACUUGGCCUCCAGCUCUACUCACAACGCUUUCGUCAUGUUUAUCUCAUCCAUUGCCGCUGUCGGUGGAUACAAGGGAGUUGGCGGUGUUCCAGAAGCACCAAUUCUCGACUUCACUGCCGCUGCUCCUAUGGGAUACGGUCAAUCCAAGCUUAUCGCCGAAGCUCUUCUCGAUAAAGCGGCCCAGAUAUCCGGGGUCCGCACUGCCGUCUGCCGUGUUGGUAUUGUCGCUGGUCCAGUCGAGCAACAGAAGGGAAUGUGGAACAAACACGAGUACAUUCCAUCCAUCAUCGUCUCAUCAGCUCAUCUUGGUGUCGUUCCAGAGACCUUCCCCUCCAGAGAUCACAUCGAUUGGCUCCCAGUCGAUAAGCUCUCCAAGGUCUUGUGCGAGAUUCUCGGAUCCGCAUCCCAACCCGAGUUUGACGAAGCUACAGGUGCCAUCUCUUCUGCUCCUCUCCGCAGCAAGACUUACCACGUCGUCAACCCUCAAUUCUCCUCCUGGGAAGAAGACUUGGGACAGAACCUCCUCGCUGCUUACCCCAAGGGAAUGGUCAAGCCAGUGAAAUUUGAACAAUGGGUCGAAGCACUCAAAACUUCCGUUGAUGAAGCCGAGCGCACUGGUAAUGUCAAUGUUGAUGCCAACCCCGCCAUGCGCCUUCUUGAAUUCUAUUCCAAGGCAUCAGCUGGUGGUGCCGCCGAGAAAGGUGCCCGUACCUUACCUACAAUUCGUUCGCAAGCUGCCAGUAAGACUUUGAGGACUCUUGGUCCUUUAAACAGAGAGUGGUUGGAGAACUGGAUGGUUCAGUGGGGGAUUAAGGAACCAGAAGUAGUUCAGAAUGAGUUCUUGGCUUUGAACUAA